AUAUAUAUUUAGAUCGGGAAUUCGCGAUCCAAGACUGUUCGUUGAAGUUCAUAAAUCCCGUUUCAGAGAGAUAACGAAUCGCCGAUGAUUUGUUCUCUUGUUAGAGAAAUAGUGCGUGUGUGUGAAAGUGAUUAGUAAAGCUGUAAAGGAUAUCUAUGCAUUAUGAUCUCUGAAUCCUCGCAGUAGUAAAUAUACAUAGCAAGAAUCCGAGAAAAAGAUGGCCACUGAUAGACACGCUGCCACUAUCUCACCUGAAGAAGAAGCCCUGUUCCUCGAUGUACCGAUUGAGACUCCUUUAUUUGGCCAUCGCAAACCAACAAGCUUAGUUGGAAGUGUUUUGUACUGCAUUUUGUUGGCAGGUUAUGUUGUUUUGGCUGCGGCAUCUCCAUGGGUAUUUCGCCCAGGACAAGAUUUUCUUUCAUCGGCAUUGUGCAGCUGCAGUGUCGCCCUUUUGAUUGCCACAGGUAUAUUUCAACAGUAUUUGGUAUACCAAGUUCAGAAAAUACGCUUGCAGGGCUAUUAUGUUUUCAGCCAGAAGUUAAAGCAUCUAGUUCGUCUUCCUUUUGCAACCACCGCUUAUGCAACUGCUGCUAUUCUACUUAUCAUGGUGUGGAAACCCCUUAUUAGUCUUCUUGCCAUCUCUCUGUUACUCAGGAUCAUUAUGCUUGUUGAAGCAGUAUUUGCUGCUUUCUUUAUGAGUGUCUACAUGGGUUAUAUUCACAGAUACAAUUCAUUAGAUUCUCAACCUGAUGUUUUAAAGUCUUUAAACUCUCCCCUCCAGCCGUCAUCGUCCUCAGAAGGAUUGAGCAGGUACCGUGAUGGUGGUCGCCUUGCUGAUCAGCAAAUGGCUUUGUUACAGUAUCAACAGGAAAACCUUCACUUGCUUUGUGAGGAGAUCAUUCGAUUACAAGAAUGCUUAAGCAAAUAUGAAAGUUGUAGUGAUGGAACCGCUCCUCAGGUUGAUCUUGCUCAUCUUUUAGCAGCUCGUGAUCAGGAGCUACGAACACUUUCUGCUGAGAUGAACCAGUUAAAAUCGGAGCUAACACUAGCCCGAUCACUCAUUGCUGAGAGAGAUUCCGAGCUUCAGCGUGUCCGCACCACCAAUAAUCAGUACGUAGAAGAGAACGAAAGAUUGAGAGCUAUAUUGGCAGAAUGGAGUAAUCGAGCAGCAAAGCUAGAACGCGCAUUCGAGGCGGAGAGAAUAUCAAACUUGGAACUACAGAAGAAAUUAUCAACAUCCAGAUAUCAAAGGUCCACAAAACAAACUUAGAAGAGCAUUGAGGGUCAAUCAUUCUUGGGGGAUUGCUAUGGUUUGUGUAUGAAGGAUACAUUACAUGUACAUAUGAACACCACAUUAUGGGUAUGCAACUCUCUAUUAGAACAAAAUUGAAUAUGCAAAUGAAUACUACAUUAAAAGAUCUAGCAAUUACAAACUUAUUUUUUAGUUAAUAAACUUA